GGGCCCUGGAGUGCGGCGCUGGGGCCGCCCACCACGCUCACUCGCUCGCACUCACUCGCGGGAGGCUUCCCCGCGCCGGCCGCGUCCCGCCCGCUCCCCGGCACCAGAAGUUCCCCUGUGAGUCCCACGGCGACAUGGGCGUCCCCACCGCCCCGGAGGCCGGCAGCUGCCGCUGGCGCUGGGGAUUCCUGCUCUUUGCUCUCUUCCUGGCUGCGUCCCGAGGUCCGGUGGCAGCCUUCAAGGUCGCCACGCCGUAUUCCCUGUACGUUUGUCCCGAGGGGCAGAACGUCACCCUCAACUGCAGGCUUUUGGGCCCUGUGGACAAAGGGCAUGAUGUGACCUUCUACAAGACGUGGUACCGCAGCUCGAGGGGCGAGGUGCAGACCUGCUCAGAGCGCCGGCCCAUCCGCAACCUCACGUUCCAGGACCUUCAUCUGCACCACGGAGGUCACCAGGCUGCCAACACCAGCCAUGACCUGGCCCAGCGCCAUGGGCUGGAGUCGGCCUCUGACCACCACGGCAACUUCUCCAUCACCAUGCACAACUUGACCCUGCUGGACAAUGGCCUCUACUGCUGCCUGAUGGUGGAGAUCAGGCACCACCACUGGGAGCACAGGGUUCACGGUGCCAUGGAGCUGCAGGUGCAGACAGGCAAAGACGCACCAUCCAACUGCAUGGCGUACCCAUCCUCCUCCCAGGAGAGUGAAAACAUCACGGCUGCAGCCCUGGCUACGGGUGCCUGCAUUGUCGGAAUCCUCUGUCUCCCCCUCAUCCUGCUCCUGGUCUACAAGCAAAGGCAGGCGGCCUCCAACCGCCGUGCCCAGGAGCUGGUGCGGAUGGACAGCAACACUCAAGGGAUAGAAAACCCUGGCUUUGAGGCCUCAUCACCCACCCAGGGAAUACCCGAAGUCAAGGUCAGGCACCCGCUGUCCUAUGUGGCCCAGCGGCAGCCUUCGGAGUCUGGGCGGCAUCUGCUUUCGGAGCCUGGCACCCCCCUGUCUCCUCCAGGUCCCGGGGACGUCUUCUUCCCAUCCCUGGACCCUGUCCCUGACUCCCCAAACUUUGAGGUCAUCUAGACCAUCUGGGGGACAGUGGGCCGUUGUGACUGGGUCUGGGGCAGGUGGUUUGAGCCAGAGCUGGCUCUGUGAGUGGCCUCCUUGGCCUUGGGCCUGGUUCCCUCCCUCCUGCUCUAGGCCCAGAUGCUGCGACAUCCCAGAAGCCCAGACCCUCAACCCCUCUGGAUGCUACAUGGGGAUGUUGGAUGGCUCAGCCCCUGUUCCAAGGAUGUUGGUAUGCUGAGAUUCUCCCCUAGAGACAUGAAAUUCACCAGCUACAGAUGCCAAAUGACUUACAUCCUAAGAAGUCUAGAAUGUCCAGCCUUGCAGCAGCCUCUCACUCUGAGACAUGAGCCUUGGGAUGUAGCAGCAUCAAUGGGACGAAAUGGACACUGGGCCACCCUCCCAGGCAUGAGACACAGGACAUGGGUGGAGAGACUCCUUCCCCAUGGCUGCCUUGGCUCCCCCAUCUUGUCUGAGGCUGCUCUUCAGUCAGACUCCCUCUGUGUACCAUGGUGGCUCUGGGACCAGGCCUGCCUGACCAGUGGCCAUCGCCACCUUCCCCAGCUGCCUCCUACCAGCAGUUUCUCUGAUGACCUGUCAACAGGUUAGCCAAUCUGGGGCUUCCACUGCCUGCAUUCCAGUCCCCAGAGCUCAGUGGUCCUAAAACAGGAAGUACAUCUUGGGGCAUGGUGGCUACUGUGAGCAAAUGGUGUCUUGGGCAAUCUGAGGCCAGGCCAGAUGUUGCAUCACUCACCGGAGAUGGCGGUGAGGGAGGUGGGUGGGGCCUUCUAGGAAGGUGAGAGUAGGGGGCACCUGUCCCCGCCCUCGCCAUCCCCUAUUCCUGCUGUUCAUUGUGGGCCAUAGCAAGGGUGCCACAGAAUAUCUUGUCCACCCUGGGACACUUCUGAGUUUGAAGUGGGAUGCUAUUAAAAACUACAUGGGGCAACAGGUGCAAACCCUGUGGAUGGAUUGUAAGAGCCAGUUAAAUCCGCACUCUGCUGCUCCUCCCACACUCCCACCUUCCACUCCAUAUACUAAGCCUGGUGGAGUCUUCAUGGCAGAGAGACCCGGCCAGGUGGGGGUGAUGUUCUCCCAUCUCCCGCUUGCAGGCAUGCCCUGGAUUUGUUUUUAUACACGUAGGCAAGGAUAGUCCUUUGUGGAAUUGUGAAUGAAGGAUUUUAAAGCAGGGGAGGAGAGUGGGAGGCAUCUCUGCACACUCUGGGAGUAAAACAGGGAAGGCAGUGUCUGAGCAUGGGGAAAGGGGAGGUGGGGCUGGGCAGACCCUCUCUAGCAUUGAGCUGGGCAUGGGUGCUGAACGCCAGGAUUUGGGGCUAGGCAAGGGGCCAGCAGGCAGGGAGAUGUCCACCGAAUUGCUUGGAGGGUCAAGGGGAUGGGAAGGGGCAGCAACUCUAGGCUGUCUGGCAGCAGUGAGCCCUGGGCCUGUGACUACAGCCAGGGAGCCCCACCGGCACACAUGGCCCUGCCUCCAAGUCCCCCGCUUAGGCCCAAAGGAAUGGGCCACUGAGGGCCUCCUGCUAUGCCUGGGCUGGGCUGGGGGCCUUGAGGAGAAAGUAAACACAGGCCUGGAGAUGGGACUGACACUCAGGUGGCCAGAACACCCAAACCCUGGCUUCUCCUUUGUCCCUGGGCAGAGAGGGGGGGACCCCUUCUUUUAUUUCCUCUGCCACCAUCGAUGCUUGAUGCCAGCUGCCACAGGAAGAGGGUGCUGGCUGGGCACAGUGGCAGACACCUGUCAUCCCAGCACUUUGCAGGGCUGAGGUGGGAGGAUCGCUUAAGCCCAGGUGUUCGAGGCUGCUGUGAGCCGUGUUCAAGCCACUGCAUUCCAGCCCGAGGGACGGAGCAACACCUUGCCUCAAAACGAAUUUUAAAAAGAAAGAAUGAAGGAAAGAGAGUGUGUUUUUGACAAUUUGCAGGGCAGGAGUGGGGAUGAGACGCCUGCUCCCCCUGGAGUCGAAGGACAAGCCCACAGCCCAGAUUCUGGUUCCCCUAACUCAGGAAAAGCGUGCCCUGUCCUUUAGGGAGGCUGGCCUGGUCCCAGCACUCAGCUUCUGACCUCGAGGCAGAGAAAACUUCUAAGAAUUUGGCUGCCAGACCCCAGGCCUAGCUGCUGCUAUGUCGAGAGGGAGGCGGCCCGCAGUAGAGCAGCCGCCACACUUCCUCCCCAGCUUCCUCUGGUGCGGCCCUGCCCUCUCUUCUCUGGACCCUUUCACAGCUGAACGCAUCUGGGCUUCGUGGUUUCCUGUUUUCAGUGAAAUUUACUUUGAGCUCCCAGUUCCAUUGUCAUCCAUGGUCACAGGCCCUGCCUGCAGUGUGCUAGGGACACCAUGCCUGCUGCUGCCAGGGAGGGGCAGGCUGCUGAGUCGCCUGGGAUGGUGGUGCCCCUGAUGCCAGCCCUGGUGGCUAUGGGCUGGGGUGCACAGGAGAGCUGGGUGUGAGAACAUGGCGCCUCCAAGGGGUGGGAGGAGCACUAGGGCCUGGGGAAGGGCGGGGCUGGGGCAGGAGGCUCCUGGAGCGCUGGAUUCUUGGCCCGGUGCUUUUAAGAAAAAAUUCAGUGUUAGGAGAUCAAUCGGGAAUUAGGGGCCAUCUUACCUAUCUCCCGACAUUCACAUUUUAAUAGAGACUUCCUGCCUUUCUUCCCUCGCAGGGAGAGGCUGAGGGAAUGGAAUUGGAAGCACCAUUAAGAGUGGUUUGCUGACGCAGCCAGGGCUGCUCGGCACUCCCUAAAAACACACCAUGGAGGCCACUGGUGUCUGCUGGUGGGCAGGCUGGCCCUGCCUGGGGGAGUCCGUGGCAAUGGGCACUGCGGUGGGCAUGUGGGAGCCCUGGGACUGCUUUUCAAAGACUCCUGCCUGGUUGGAGCUCCUGCUCCAUGCAGCAGCGAGGGCCUGGGCAGAGGGGCUGAUGCCUGGCCUUCUUCAGGGGGUACUCCUCGGUGGGUAGACUUGGAAGGAUCAGUGGGGCGGGGGGCUGCAGGGGUCUUGCCACCACCCUGUACCAACUUGGCCCCUGGGGUCCUGCGUCAUGAAUGAGGCCCUCCUGGGUGUUGGUUGGGGCACCCCAGGGCUGGCCUGACUGUGCUGGGGGCUGGGGAACCGCAAUGGGCAAAAGAGGAACUGGGGUUGCUAACCAGGACGCUGGGAACAAAGGCCUCUUGAAGCACAGCCACAGCCCAGCUGAGCAUGGGGUCCAGCCCACAGACAGCACAGGCCACCCGGCCCAUUCCCUGGGCAUUCCCUGCUUUGCAGUGCUGCUUCUCUUCACCUCGUGGAUGCUACGUUGCCCUAACUAUCCUGUGAGUUCCGGGAGGGCAGGGUCCAGUUACAGCCUGGCUUUGGACCUUGCUGCAAGGCUGAUAACUGACCCAUACAUAGCUUCUGGGUCAUGCGCUGCCCCAGAUGCCAGGUUCUGUUCUUAGAACCUCUCUCAGUGGGUGGGGCCCCCUCUGACUUUCCAUCAGCUCCAGCUCCCAGCAGCUUUGUGUGGGACUGGUGGGAACUCCUCAAUAACAAUAAUGCCCUCACCUUGUACAUCGCGGGACAAACAUUUGUGCAGUCCAUGGGACAGACAUUUUUUUUUGUAAUUCUCAUCUAUUGUUACGGCUUUCUGGAAUAUGUCAAGAGGGAUUCUGAAUGAUCGAUAUAGCUUAGUGAGAAAGUGACAAGAUAGAUAGCAGUGUCCGCCUCAGGCACAGGAGAGGGAGGUGGCCACGUGUGUGCUGUCUCUUGGCCCUUUCUGUUAUAAUACUUGGUGCUUUCCAACACACUUUCA